UGUUCUCGCGAGUUCGGUAUUCGAUUACUGGAGUCUAUUUGUGUUGGAAGCUGGGACAAUAUGACCACGGAGUCAUAAUUCAUUCUUCAUUAUUUCUUAAUUUAAUUUCAUUUUACCUGGCUAAAUAAUUGAAUAACUCGCUACUCCAAGAAGCCAUGGGUUUAACGCAGAGCUCCGAUGCACCAUCAGAAGGAACAGACGGAUAUCACGUUCACGGGGUUCAAGAGAAUUCUCCUGCAGAAAAGGCCGGUUUGGAACCCUUUUUUGAUUUCAUCAUAUCAAUCGGAAAUUACAAGCUGUACAGGGACAAUGACACGCUGAAGGACCAGCUCCAAGCGAACAGAGAGAAGCCCGUAAAGAUGGAGGUCUACAGCACCAAAGCCAUGAGUGUUCGUGAGCUGGAGGUGGUGCCUAGUAACAUGUGGGGUGGACAGGGUCUGCUGGGGGCCAGUGUCAGGUUCUGCAGCUUCCAGGGAGCCAAUGAAAAUGUCUGGCAUGUCUUGGAUGUGGAUCCUAAUUCUCCUGCUGCAAUCGCAGGACUGCAGGCACACACCGAUUUCAUUGUUGGAGCUGACCAGGUUUUACACGACUCGGAGGACUUCUUCUCCCUGAUAGAGUCCUAUGAGGGAAAGGCCCUGAAGCUGUUGGUGUAUAACACAGAGACGGACCAGUGCAGAGAUGUGGUGGUCACACCCAAUGGAGCCUGGGGAGGAGAGGGCAGUUUAGGGUGUGGAAUAGGAUAUGGGUACUUGCAUCGCAUUCCAGUUCGGCCAGUCACCCCAAAGGAGAGCACAGCUUCGACACCUUCUCCUCUCUCUGAAGAAAACCCGACCCCAGAAUUACCUACUAAUGGAUAUACUGAGGUCUCCCUGAUUGCAGCCUCAGGCCAAAUUGAGAAGGCUGAAAUGGCCUUGGAACAUGAACUAAUCACCCAUCCCGAUCCACUCCUGGACUGCUCCCUGCCACCCCCCAUCCAAAGGGUCAUGGAUCCAGGUUUCUCUGAGCUCUCAGAAGUCCCCGUCACUGAGCUCUCUGAGGUGCCAGACCGGCUGGACCUGUCCAUCUCAUCCAUCGACAUGACCAGAACGUCUCUGCUCAUUGAGGACGGGGGCAGUGAUGACAUCUCGGGUGUAGAAGAGCUAGGGGAGAGUGAACUGCCUUCAUCACUGCAGGAGAACCUAAUAGAUCUGGAGGGUCAGGAAGCAAGUACCGAGCUAGCAGUGGACUCCACUCCAUUGUCUGCCGAACCUGCCGAACCCUCCCUUGAGGCCAUAAAUUCAUCCCUGCCAGCGGACUCAUCCUUCCCACCGGACGACUUUCCAGUGUCAGUCGACCCCUCUUCUCUAGUGCCCGACUUGUUGUCUACACCUGCUGACUCUGCCUCCCAGCCGGCUGACCCCGCUCCCCUUUCAGUUGAGUCUUCCUCUCCACCUGCUGAUGACUCCGCCCUGCCUUUUGACUUCUCCUAUCCGCCUGAUGAUUCUUCCCUGCUCGCUGACUCCUUCUCCCUGCCCACUGAGACCUCUGCCCUGCCCGCUGACUCCUCCCCCCUGCCUGCUGAGUCCUCCGACCUGCUCGCUGACUCCUCCUCCCUGCCCACUGAGUCAUCUGACCUGCUCGCUGACUCCUCCCCCCUGCUUGCUGACUCCUCCCUGCCCACUGAGUCCUCUGACCUGCUCGCUGACUCCUCCCACCUGCUCGCUGACUCCUCCCCCCUGCUCACUGACUCCUCCCUGCCCACUGACCUGCUCGCUGAUUCCUCCUUCCUGCCAGCAGACCCCUCCCCCGUGCCCACUGACAACCCUUCAUCCAUGCCCGCUGAAACCUCCUCUAUGGCCGCCGACUUCUCUUCCCUGCUUACAGACCCCACCCUGCCCACUGACAGCUCCUCUCUGCCUGUUGACAUCUCCUCCGUAAGCAUCACUGCUGAUGUCACAGACGAGCAGCUGCCCGGCCAGUCAGUGGACUCUGUUGCAGCUGAACCAGGUACUCUGCAGACUCAGGAUGCAGAGAUCAGUGAGCAAGCUGCUGACUCCAUUCCAGAGUAGCAGAGCCUCUGGUCACCGCCAAAUGGCAGUCGCCAACUGAAGGUCAACACUCAACCAAUGGGAAUCAUUGUAUCAGCCACAGAAGAGCCAAUAGAAGAUGUCGCACUAGUGGAAAUUCUGUAGACAAAUCCGCCACUUCCAAAUUUGUUCAAAUGGACCCCAUGACAUUAGAUUUACAGAAGAUCUACAAGGAGGAUGAGUUACAGUUUGCACCUAGGGCAUUAAUCUUGUCUUGAAAAAGGCUCAGAGAAAUGCUUUGUCACAGAUUUGCAAAGAAUCCGUUCAACAUGAACACUGAGGUCAUACUGUGAAUGCAGUUGCUCAAAAAAGGGCUUGCACAUUUUCUUACGGUUUGUAAUUCUCAACACUUAAUUUUAUACAACACUAAUACAACUGGCAAGCAGGUUCUGAAGGCAGACCUCUUCACAGUUUAAUGUAUACUCAUUAAUCUGUUGUUCCUCAGGCAAACUAAUUGCAUAGGGAUAUAAUCAGUGUAUGGAUUUUAUUAGGUUCACUUCAGGUCUACAGCACAUCUUUAUACCAGGAUAUAUGACAUCGCUGCACUUGUUACGUAUCAAGUAUUUUCAAAAGGGAAAAAAAUGGCAGAUGCUCAAUAUUAGAUAGCAUUUUUUCCAAAGACAUUGAAUUUCUGUCUUCUAAAUAAAUCUCAGGUGGUUUAACUGCAUAUUUCGUUCUACAGAGGACCUAGCCAAUGUGUGUACCGAAGUGUGGAUAAAAUUAAUUUCCACAUCAAUGGUCCUUUUUGGAGAAUAAGCAAAGUAACAAUUUUGUGGAAAGCUCAAUUUACAAGCUUAGUCCAGGGUUUUUUCGUAUGAAAAAAGACUGGCGUCUAAAAAGUUUAAUUGCUUUAAUUGAAAAAAUGUAUCUUUUUUUCCCUUUAUUCUAAAUUGAAUUACAGUACCUUUCACCAACAAGGCAAAACAGUUAAAAAUGCCAACACUAAAUUAUACCGAUUCUGGUGGUACGUCUAUGUUGAAGUUUACAGUACCUGUAAUAUAUUUGAUCAAUGCAUUCUUUGGUAAGGGGGUGGAAUUGUAAUGAAUUUAAUUACAAUUUUUUUUACACUUUUUAAAUAAUAGUUAGGAAGGUACGUGUAUAGAGCAUUUAAUUCGUUUUAUGGUAAUGAUUGAUAUUGUGACGCAUGUUCACAUCAGCUAUGAAAUGUCCGUUAUGAUCAGAAAUUAGUAUUUCAACUGGGAAAUGUAAAUAUGUACGUUAAAUGGCCAUUCAAGACAACAGUGACUAUCUGAAACACUAUGCUUCACAGUAAGUGAGUAAAUAUCGAAGGUUGGCCUUAAUGAUAUUAGCUGGCAAAGCUGGUGUCAUUUAAAUGCGCAAAAGCACAGAUAGAUAGUACCUGUCAACAGUAAACUGUUGAGGGAGGAAUCUUAACUGCCAAUAGGGGGGCUGUCAGUCAGGAUUAUGAAUAUGAUUUCAGUCAGGAUUAUGAAUUUUACAACCAGGCCUGCUUUCAGUUCAUAGUUUCAGGCAUUUAGUUCAGCAUUUAGGUAUGCAAGUGAUUAUAAUGUAGGACUACAUGAGUGAUUUUACAAAUUGUAUCGAAUGGUAAGAAAUAGCCCAGCAUGAAUUCAACUGAAUGUUUAAAAUGCCAUGUAGUGUUUCCUGUUUCAGCUCAGCAGUGUAUGUAAAACGACCUCAGUUUUUUCUUCAACAGGGAUGAAUGCAAUCUACAUGCUUGUGAGUUCUGUCAUUUCACUUGUUUUACAUAUUUAUGAACAAAUGUGUCAUUCAAAUCAAGCCAUUAACAUUAUGUAAACUUGGGAUCUAUGCAAUAAGUAUAUUAUAAUCAGGGAUUCUUUUUUGGCAACAAGUUGCAAUUCAUAGAUAAAAAACAUUUCGCUUAUACGAAGCAUGUGUGAUUUAGAGCAUUAAUAUUCACUAAAAGUAAGCAGUGUCCUGCAUUAAUUAGAAUUUUAACAAGAAUGUAAUCUCUAGAUAAGCUUGUCUCUAAUGUGUAUAUGCUUUAGGGGUACUUUUAAAUUCAGUUUGUUAUAGAACAUUUUAGUGUACUCAAGCUGGGUUGUAGGUUUUCCGUACAGAUUAAUAUUUUUUCAGAUGUAGUAGGAGAUGAGUGUAUCAGCCGUGGUUUGGGAGUGAGAGCAAACACAUUUGUAAGUUUCAUAAAUGACAAGUGCAUUUUGUAUGCUGCCAUGGACUACAGGGUGGAGUACAGCAUUUUAUGGAAUAUUCAUCACAAAACACUGGAACCUGAAAUUAAUUCUGAAUAAAGAAAGAAAUGCAGAAAACACAA